GUAAACUUGGAAGAAAGCCAGCUCCAGUUAUGGCUUCCUUCUCCUCUAGGGGACCCAACAAAAUUCAGCCAUCCAUACUCAAGCCUGAUGUAACUGCGCCUGGGGUGAACAUACUUGCUGCAUAUUCACUAUUCGCAAGUGCAUCUGACCUAUUAACAGACAACCGUCGAGGAUUUCCAUUUAACGUGAUGCAAGGAACUUCUAUGUCUUGUCCUCAUGCUGCCGGCAUAGCUGGACUUCUCAGAACCCUUCAUCCUACAUGGAGUCCGGCAGCUAUCAAAUCAGCAAUUAUGACCACCGCAACCACAUUGGACAACACAAACAAGCCGAUUCAAGAUGCAUUUGAUCAUAAAUUAGCAAACCCUUUUGCUUACGGUUCAGGGCAUGUUCAACCAAACCGUGCAAUAGACCCAGGACUUGUUUAUGAUCUACACCUCAACGAUUACCUAAACUUCUUAUGUGCCUCUGGAUACAACCAACAACUCAUUUCGGCACUUAAUUUCAACAGAACUUUCAUUUGUAAAGGAACUCACACCAUAGAUGACUUCAACUAUCCUUCAAUCACAUUACCAAAUCUUAAGUUGAGUCCGCUAACAAUUACUCGUACACUCACCAAUGUUGGUCCCCCGGGCACAUAUAAUGCAACCGCCAAAUUAGAUGGAUGCAAAAUUACUGUUGUGCCCAACUCCUUAACUUUCACAAAGAUCAACGAGAAGAAGACAUUUAGAGUUACCAUACAGGCUUCAAGUGUGAUUAAGCUUUAUAAAUAUCAGUUUGGGGAAUUGUUGUGGACCGAUGGAAAGCACAGAGUUAGAAGUCCCAUUACAGUACGACGCCGCAGGUGAAAAAUCAUAAGAAUGAUUCAUGUUUAAUUUAGUAUAUGUAAAAUGAAUAAUGUGUGUGAUUUUUGUAAUAAUUGAUGCUGAGCGCGUCAUCGCUACAUCAUGUAUUUUCUUGCAUUUUUUUCUCCUUCAAAAUUGUGUGUGCAGUGUACUACCAUUGUCUAGUUAUCUAGUUAUUAAUCUACAAUAUUUAGAGACAAUUUUAUUUUAUUUUUCCUAA